CUUUCGGGAAGGGCGGAGGACAAAAAGGUGGGAGGGUGAGCGCUCCGCUGACUUUGUAUGAUGAAAAACAUGGCUGCUGUAUUAGCUUUCCCUAGCUAAGCUGUGGUAACAGCCAACUCCAAGAUCUCAGUGGUUUACAGCAACAAAGCCCGCCGACCAUGCCCGCGGGAGUGUCCUGGCCCAGCUACGUGAAGAUGGUCGCAGCCAGCCUCCUGGCCAUGUUCGCAGGGGCCCAAGUGGUGCACAGGUACUACCGGCCAGACCUGACAAUACCUGAAAUUCCACCAAAGCCCGGAGAACUCAGAACGGAGCUUUUGGGACUGAAAGAGAGACAACACAAACCUCAAACUUCUCAACAGUAGAAACUUCAAAAUACAACUAUGCCAAGAACUCUGUGAAUAAUAAGUCUUAAAUAUAUAUUUUUGAAAUUUAUGGAGUCAAACUCCUUGUCCUUAAGUACCUUGUACAGUGCCAACUGCAGGAGGAGGUGUACAGUAGAUGGUAGCUGAUGCAUUGAGAAGUAUUUAGGGUUUCGCCAGUGUUUCUUGAAAACUGCCAAAGCUUAUAUCAUCAGCUCCUUAAAGUGAUUUGAUAUUUAGUUGUGACUGUCAUGUGCGAUAGAGUAUUUGCAAUGAUUCCUACUCUUAUAAUUCUUUUAUUUAAUGACAUAUGCAUUCCCACGUUUAUUGCAGUAUUAACCAAGGUAUAAAAACAACCCCAAAUCCCCAUCAACAGGUGAAUGGGUAAGAGAAAUGUUGUACAAAUACAUAAUGAAUAUAUUCAGCCAUGAGAAAGGAGGCUGUCCUCCCAUUUGCUACACCAUGGAUAGGACUUGAUCACAUUAUACUAAGUGAGAUAAAUCAAACAAAAAGUAUUGUUACCAUAUCACUUAUGUAUGGACUCUAAAAACAUCAAACCUAUCAAAAUCUAAACAGCAGAGAGUAAAACAGUGGUUAGCAGGGUAUGGGGAGUGGGGGAAAAGAGUGAUGGUGUUUAAGGGUACAAACUUGUAACGUAGUAAAAACCCAUAGGGCUCUAAUGCACAGUAUAAUGAACCGAGCUCAGCAAUUUUCAACCAGUGAGCAGCAAGAAUUUUUAAAACAUGCAAUACCUGACUAUUUAGUUAGGGGCAAUGACCUCUCUUCCCUUAGAUUAUCAAAUAAAAAAAUGACAACAGCUAAUACAACAAUAUCAGUCUGGUAUGAAUGAAUCAAAAUUAUACCUUUUUUUGUCAGAUUGGCAAAAAAAUAUUUCUUUUUGGGGUGCUGCAGAAUUUUAAUACUCAGUUUAUGUGUGCCAUGAGAUGAAAAAGGUUGAAAAUCGCUGAUCUAGACAGUAAUGUUGUAUUAUAAUUAUGUAAUGUGAUAAAUACGUUACAAGAACCAUCUAUAAUAUAUAAAUAUCAAAGUAACACAUUGAACACCUUAAGCUUAUAUAAUAUAUGUCUAAUUUAUUUAUUAAAAAAAUUCAGACUGUCACACUGCUAUGUAGUUUGCAGUCAGUGUUGACUAUUAGCUCCUAGAGCAAGUAGUCAUUACAGGGACCUCCUUGUAGAGUUCUCUUGAUAGAAGGUUUAAGAUGAAAUUCUAGUUAGUUCCACAAGAGAAUCUCUCUCUGCCUCUAGACAAGAUUAAUCUUAUAUUCCUGGACUUGAACUUGAAAAAGACCCCGAUGAGUGAGCUCCAGGAACAUUCCCUCAUGCUCCACAGGUUCUAAAAAUAUACUAACUGCUCGCCACCACAAUGGGUCUUUCUAUGAAGCUAGUUCAAAAUUAAAUUACAGCAACCCUAACACACCCUCUCAUAGCCAUGUGGUGUGUGAUUCAGUAGUACACACUGAAUUCAAUAAGAAUUCUCUUGAAACUGAAAUCUUUAUUCAUGUAAUUGUAAAGCUUUAUAAAGAAAAGUAACAGGCAAAUAACUUAGAGCCAGAAAUUCUUAAGUAGCUUAGGAGCUACCAAUUUUAGUACCUACUGAAGAGGACAAGCUGAAGUGAGUCCCUAAACUGUCUCCUUAGUUUCCCUUUUCUUCCAUAGCAGUUGAAUCAAUGGAUAUCUUAAUAUAUACAAAGUUAUGUUGUGUCAGUAAAGGUGAAUUGUUUCACAGAACUACAUAUGAAACUAGUCAUCUCUGUCCUGGUUGUAAAUACACAAAGAAAGACAUCAUCAUAUUUACAUUUUAAUUCACAACAGCUUGGGGAACAUAUUUCACUAAAAAAACAAAGAAAUUCUUUAUUCAAAAACUUAAUAAACAUCUAGGAAAAAAUACAAGCAGGCAUUCUAAUCAUGAAGCAGUGUAAUAAAGGAAUGGAUGCCUUUAUGGCUCAAUAUAACAAAACAUUUAAAAAUUACGGCCAAAUGGUGUCAAAUAUACUCUUUAAAUGAUACCUACCAUAGACAGUUUCAUUCAGUUUGGAGAGCUCCUGGGUUGAUGAACACCUGGAGAGGCUGGGAGAGUGGCAGGGAAGCGCCACACCCUCUUCCCAUACCUUGCCCCGUGCAUCUCUUCCAUCUGGCCAUUCCUCCAUUCAGCUGUCAACAUAAGAACAUCCAAACCUGCCUCUCUCCUUCUUUGCACAUCCAUUCCCAUAAUCAUUAAGCCCUCAGGACAAUUAGGUUCUGCUCAACAUCAGUCUUAGAAACAAUGCCUCAGGUUUUAAUGACAUGACUAUUUUUCUUUUUUGUAUUUUUUGCAAAUUUCCCCGAUCUCUAGAAAUAUCAGAUUUGCUUAUUUCUUGUUCAGUGAUUCUAAUCUGACAUGGAGAUAGAAUCACAGCAAUUUCCUUUAUUUUUUAAAAAUCAUCACCCAAGGAUAUGUUUAUUUGAGAGAGCGAGGAAGGGAGAGGGAGGGAAAGAGAAAAACAUUCAUCGGUUGCCUCCUGCAUGCACCCUGACCAGGGAUUGAACCUGCAGUUUAGGUAUGGGUCCUGACUUGCAAUCAAACCCACAACCUUGUGGUGUACAGGAUGAUGCACCAAGCAACUGAGCCACCCAACCAAGGCCACAGCGUUUUUCUUAAUUGAGACCAAACCAGUUGUGGGUUUAGAAGUGGUUUGUAUCUUUCAAAUAAUUAUAAUGCUCUAUGGUUAACAAUGAGUCAAUGGAAUUUUUAGUCAUUCUUUUUUAGUUACACAAUUGAAAUCCCUUAUUAAUGUCAAUGCAGCAGCCAGAUGAAGAGAUUCAUAGGGCGAGGUCUUGAACAAAAAGCUUCUGUUGUCUUGGAGCUUGGGGCCCUGGCAUGCUGGCAUGUAAAGGCAUUCUGAUUCCUCCUCUUGUAAUUCUUGAUUGUUCCUCUGUAUCAGCUUGACUAUGACAGCAAAUGGGAAUUAUAAAUUAACUAUAAUAAAAAUGACAC